AGGUAUAACAUUUUUCAUAACUCAGUUUGCACGUGUUUCUAGUUAAUAUGGCUCAUUUAUUUAGAUUUGUUUUUAUUUUUCCUUUAGUUAUCUGUCUUACUGUUUCUUGUUCUUUACCACAAAUACAAGAUGUCGCCAGAACCGUCAAAGCCUUUCACGACGUGCCCAGGUUAUGUACAAACAGAAGUAUCAGUUUCACCAGAAGCAGAAAGCUCAUCUGCCUAAUAUGCAAAGGGUUAGACCCGACGUGCUUCGGUAUCACAUCUACAACAACCAGCACUACUUCUACAACAACGAGUACAACCACUCCUACUACAACAACUUCCAGUAGCACAACGACUCCUUCUUCCACUACUAGUUCAUCUACCCCUACUACUACUACAUCAACUGCACCUUCGGAAUCAACUUAGUAACUGCUGACUCUUUUCUCUCUCUUCUUCAGUCUUCGAUGAUCAAGUACUAUACAAAGCUGUUUUCAUAUUAGGGUCGACAGAUUUUUUAAAAGUCGGGUUAUCAAUUAUCAAAACAUGUAAUUAAAAUUGAAAUAUCUGUCUGUGAUUUAAAACUUUGUUUUCUCAAGUGCUUUUAUUUAUUUACAUGAUACAAAAACUUUUUUAAGCUUUUUUAAAAUUUUCUUCCGUUUGUCUGGACUAAUCUUCGGAUGGGCUACACCGAUUUUACUGAGACUUUUACUGGACGAUAGAGGAGGUUAUAAAGCAACAUAAAGGCUUAUAUUACGAACAAACCGAUGCUUUGCAUGAAACUCUUUAUUUUAUUAUAAGCCCCGUUCUUGUGAGAACGUAGAGGGCGUGAAUAAUAAAGGUAUAGCCUAUGCCACCCACAAAUAACAAGGUUUUCCAGUGAUAAAAGAACUUUCAAAAUUGAUUCAGUAAAUCCAGAGAUUUCCCCCACAAUACCACAAACAUUACCUGUUUCUAUUAUUAAGUAUUAAAAACUGAAAUUCACGUGUACAAAGUCACAAACUAGUUCGAAAUAAAGAGUUUUAUGAGAAUUAGAUCAGUAAAAUGUAUCUACCGUGUAAUGUAAACUAUCCAAGAAUUCUAAAGCUCCAUUAAAAGGCCUAUUCCUCUUGUAUGCCAUAUUUCUGGUACAUGAUUUGUUACUGGGACGUGCUCUUACUUUAAGUGCUUAAUUAACGAUACUGAAGUAGAACUUAAUGUGGAAUGUUCAUCAACAAUCAAAUAAUGAAUGGGGGUAUAUACCCCUAGUCAUUGUACACCUUAUAAUAAAUUUAUUGAACUUGCUCCUAAAUUUUAUUGACAAUAAAUUAUAAGCUUAGAAUAAUUAGACAAAGUUAAUAUCUUUUAAAUAACAUUUUACAAAAAAAAAAUAGUAAGUACCUACACAAUUUUUAAUAAAUUAGGUAUGAAAUUACAUGCGUUUUAUAUUUUCAAUUUGUUUGAUGAUAAGCAUUCCACAUGCAUGGCUUUUGCAUAAGCUACUUAUUAUUUAAGUAUAUUUAAUUAUUAUUUAAUCUUAUAGUAC